GCUGUAGCCUUGAUGGAGCUAAGGCUCCAGUUGGCGCUUAACGCGGACGCUUUUGCGCUUGACGUCAUCAACGCGCGGCCGGAGUUUCCUUAGCAACGGAGGGAUGCUUCCGCUAUGGCUUUGAUGGAGCUGAGGCUCCAGUUGCUUCUCCUGUUGUCAGGAUUGGCAGCAGCGGCCGAGGUUGAAAACACCACUUUGAGGGGCGAAGAAGUGAACAGUACGGUGGCUCCAGAGGGACUUAACAGUACUGUGGCGGCGACAGAGGAGGAAAACUCUACUCUGUCGACAGAGGGACUGCCUACUGAGGCGCCCGAAGGAGUCCAGAGGGAAGAAGGUGGCUCUCCAGCCGGUUCAGUCUGCCCCUGUGACUUGCACCCAGGCUUCUGUGACCUCAACUGCUGCUGUGAUUCAAGCUGUGGCUUGGAUUGCAACCUGGAGAAUCCCGAGUGCCCUUUCUCCUUCUGUCUUCCAGGAAGCACCAGGGCUGUGAGUCAGGUGUGUUUGGAAAAGUCCCUCAUUUUCCGAAAUAACACUCCUUACCGCACUCAAAUCCUUCCCAGUCCUGAUGGAUGUGCAUUUCUCUUCUGUGUGCAGUUAAAUGAUCCAAAACUGAACUACUUACAAGAACCACAGUUAGUUACAAAAACAAACUUCCCAGCACUUUCAGCACAAUAUGGAGGGUCAUCCUUCAUAUUAUCAGAACAAGCUCAGUCACCUCCAGCUGCCUUUUACCGGGCUGGGGAUCAAAUUCAGACCUACUUUGCUGCAUCAUCCAUGCUGAGUGUUCUGAAACAACCUACAGACCUAGGACUCAGCCAGCUUUGUGUUGAUGAGAAUCCUGCUGCCUUUCUCGAGAGUAAAACCACAAGCUGUGUGCGGAUUUUUACUGACCUGAUGAGUAGCUGUACCACUGACCCUGCGCUGGAUGCAGCUUCAUACUACCGUGACUUCACUGUGCUAAAGGUCCCAGUCAACGUUACUCUGUUCCAACCUGUACAGGUCAACAUCACCACACUCUCAGAGCCUGCUUCUCCUUCACUGAAUGGCAACAUAUGUCACAAUGUUGUUUCUGAGGUGACCUAUGAGGUGCAGUUCAGUGGGAUCCAUGGAAUUCAGGAAGUUUCUGUCCAGUUCAAAGUGGCCAAUAUAUCUGGAAACCCAGGAGCCACACUGCAGCAACACUUUUCUCUACAUUUUUGGAGUAGGAGACCUUCUUCCACCAAACAGAGAAGUGGGAAUCCUGGCUAUAUCAAAGAAGCCCCACUAAUCACACUUUACAAUGGCACCCAGCAAUAUGUAACCAUUUUACAGAAUCAAGGUGACAACCACUGUUCUGCAACCAAGAGGUACAAGGUGCUGUUUAGAGAGAAUGUAAGGACUAGUUGCCAACUCAGUGUACCCUUCAAGCUGGAGGAAGAUAACUGUAGCAAUUUGCAGGAGAUGCUGUAUCAAGCCUUUCAAGGGGGACAUAGUCUAGGGAGUUUGGCUAUAACUGGAAAUGCUAACCCAGGCCAUCCAGGAGAGUGGAACAGCAUUAUCACCAAAAAGUGCAACAUGCAGAGUGGACAUUGCCUGCUUCCUGUUUACCUGGAGAUCCAAGUUUUGUGGGCUCAGGUGGGCCUCUUGUCUAACCCACAAGCUCAAGUAUUGGGAGCACGGUACUAUUAUCUCUGUAAGCCUCUGAAGUCCUUUGGCAUAUCUAUGAAGACAUCAUUUUUGACAACUGCAGUUGCCUUCACGGAUAUUACCAAAUGGCCAGAGCCACCACGUGGACAGCCUAGAGUUAACUGGAAGCUUCCAUCCGAUUUCUUCUUCCCUUUUAAAGCGGCAUUCAGUGGGGCUAUGAGCAGCUCGGUUAACCUUACUGGAACAUUGCUGGUUUCACUAAUGUUGUAUGAGCUACACAUCUCAUGAAGUGAAGAGGCAUCUGUCUUUCUAAUGAGAUCUGCAAAGAUUUUGGUGUGUUAUAUCCUGGAACUGAAAUGGAUUUAAUUGGCAUUGUUACCAUUUGAUGUACACCAGAUACUCAACAUUGUAAAGAUGCAAGACAUUAUGACACAGAAGUUAAGCAAGAAAAACAAACUGUCACUUAUUGGUUGUAUGAAGGUCUGACGCAACCAACUCUCUCCAGAAGUCACAUAAGAAACUAAAUAGUGUCAUUUGUGUGAAAUUCCAGUGUCACAUGAUCUCAGAUUAAAUGCACCCAUUCCUGGAAGGCCACAAAGUUUAAUGGAGUGGAUGUCUAAACAAACAGCACCAUGAAAACCAAGAAGCUAUCAGAACAAGACUGGGAUAAAAUCAUGUAUAUGCACAAACUUAUUCCUAGAGAAAGUUAUCCACUAAAACUCAGUGACCAGGAAAGGAAGGCAUUAAUCAAAGAGUACUCAGAGGACAAUGGUAACCCUGAAGGAGCUGAAGAAUGCCACUGUUGUGGUAGGAGAAUCAGUCUAUGGGACAACUGUCACCUGGAUGUUUCACAAAGCUUGGAUUUAUGGAAGAGUGGAAAGAAGGCAACCAUUGCUGAAACCUAUAUCAGGUUCUAUUUAAAAUUUGCAAAAGGGCAUGUUGGAGACACUGCAAACAUGUAGAAAAGGUUCUGUGGUUUGAUGACACCAAAACUGAAUUGCUGACCUUGCCCCAAAGCACCUUGUAUGGCACAAAGUCAAUAGUACUUGAUCCCAAGAAUACAUCCCCACUGUGAAACAUGGUAUCACCAGCACUAUAUUGCAGGGCUAGCUUUCCUCAGAAAGGACUGGGAAAACUGGUCAGGAUUCAGGGCAAGAUGGAUGGAGCCAGAUAUAGGCCAAUUCUACUGGAAACCCCAUUUUAGUUUGCUGGGACUGGAUUGGAGAGUCACCUUUUACCAGGGCAAUGACCCUAAACACACAGCCAGAUUAAAACUGGAGUUGUUGAAAAACAUUCUGAACAUUUUAGGAAGACCCACUCAAAGCCCAGACCGCAAUCUCAUUGAGAAUUUAUGACCAGACUUGAAGUUGUUGUUCAGUGGUCCUCAUUCAACAUAGAAGAACUGCAGCAGUUUCUCUAAGAUGAAUAGAUAAAAUUGCAGGAUCCAGUUACACAAAGUUGAUAUAUACUUACCCAAGAAGACCAUCAGCUGUAAUUGCUGCCAAAUGUGCAUCAAUGAAGUAUUGAUUCUGGAGGGUGAAUACUUGUACAGUCAGCAAGUGUCUCUUGUUGUUUUACUUAACCUUUGUUCCCAAAUAAAAAUAUUUUUCACCUUAA